GGACGCGGCGGUAGCUCACGGCGGCUUAGCGCUUAGGGCUCUUCUUGACUGCGUCGCGCGCCAUCGCCAUCGCCACCGCCAUCGCGGCGCCGCGCCACACGCCAGCUAGCUGCAUUGGAAUCCUCCCGUCGCGCGGCCGCCGGAUCGAUCUAUCCCCCGCGCCACAAUGAGGCAGCAGAUCGAUCCAUCGCGGGAAUUCACGAGGGAUGUGCGACGCGUGAUUGUCAAGGUUGGAACGUCGGUCGUGACGCGGCCGGAUGGGAAGCUCGCUGUUGGCCGGCUUGGUGCAUUGUGCGAGCAAGUGAAGGACAUUAUGGAUGAUCAUAUCGAGGUGAUCGUUGUAACCUCUGGUGCUGUGGCUGUCGGGCGUCAGAAGCUUCGACAGCAGCGCAUGAUGAACAGCAGCUUUGCAGAUCUGCAAAAGCCUCAAGCCGAGUUGAGCGGAAAAGCUUGUGCUGCCAUCGGUCAGGCCGGGCUGAUGGCUUUGUACGAUAGUAUUUUCAGCCAGCUGGAUGUUGCUUCGUCGCAGCUCCUUGUGACGGACAGGGAAUUUAUUGAUCCCGAGUUUAGAAAGCAGCUCUGUGAGACUGUCGAUACGUUGUUGCAACUACGGGUUGUGCCGAUUUUUAACGAGAACGAUGCAAUGAGUACGAGGAGAGCUCCAUACAAGGAUUCUUCGGGUAUCUUUUGGGACAACGAUAGCCUGGCGGCUUUGUUGGCUCUGGAACUAAAAGUGGAUCUGCUAAUCCUGCUGAGUGACGUUGAGGGUCUUUACACGGGACCUCCUUCCGAUCCUUCCUCGAAAUUGAUCAGCACGUACAUUCCUGCUCAACACGAAACCAUCACUUUUGGCGAGAAGUCAAGGUAUGGUAGAGGAGGGAUGACGACCAAGGUGACUGCUGCGAGGGAAGUUGCAUCUGCUGGUAUUCCGGUUGUUAUUACCAGUGGAUACACUCCAGACGGAUUUCACAGGGUUUUGAGGGGGGAUUCUAUUGGGACCUUGUUUCAUAAGGAUGCACAUAUUUGGACUCUUACGAUAAAUAAUGAUGCCCGGUUGAUGGCUGUGGCUGCAAGGGAUUCAAGUCGGCGCUUGCAGAGUCUCACGUCCGGGGAGCGUCAAAACAUUUUGUACGACGUUGCAGACGCGCUCGAGAGAAACGAAGAGACUAUUCGAAGUGAGAACCAAGCAGAUGUAAGGUUGGCCGAAGAGUUGGGCAUCGCAAAGCCGCUACUCAGCAGGCUGACUCUUAAGCCUGGCAAGAUUGCUGAUUUGGCCAAGGCAGUCCGGGCCCUCGCAGAUAUGAGAGAACCAAUUGGUAGUAUUUUGCAGAGGACUGAAGUCGCGGAGAACCUUACUUUGGACAAAACUUCCUGUCCUUUGGGGGUUAUACUUGUUAUUUUCGAGUCUCGUCCCGAUGCACUCGUCCAGAUUGCCUCCCUGGCCAUUAAAAGUGGAAAUGGCCUGCUACUCAAGGGUGGUAAAGAGGCUGCCCGUUCUAAUGCCAUACUGCACAAGGUGAUUACGGAGGCGCUGCCAAAGUCUGUGGGAAAAGAGCUCAUUGGUCUUGUUACGUCGAGGGAUGAGAUACCAGAUCUUCUCAAGCUUGACGAUGUUAUUGACCUCGUUAUACCAAGAGGAAGCAAUAAACUUGUUUCACAAAUCAAGGAGUCUACGAAAAUUCCUGUGCUGGGCCAUGCCGAUGGUAUCUGCCAUGUCUACGUAGACAAGGCUGCCCGUCUGGACGUCGCUACAAAGAUCGCCAUUGAUUCUAAAGUAGAUUAUCCAGCCGCAUGCAACGCUAUGGAAACUCUACUGGUCCAUGAGGAUCUAGUUGACACUGGAGGCUUGGAGACGCUAGCGUCCGCAUUGAAGUCUGCAGGAGUGACACUAAAUGGUGGGGAAAGAGCGUCAAAGCUUCUCAACAUUCCGAAAAUGACCAAGUUCCACCAUGAAUACAGUGGAUUAGCAUGCACCGUGGAGGUCGUAAAAGACGUUCACGCCGCCAUAAAUCACAUUCACGAACACGGGAGUGCCCACACCGACUGCAUAGUAACGGAGGACAAGGAAGUCGCGGAGCUAUUCUUGCAACAAUUGGACAGUGCUGCAGUCUUCCACAACGCAAGCACCCGGUUUUCGGACGGGACACGCUUUGGUCUCGGAGCGGAGGUUGGAAUCAGCACAAGCCGGAUCCACGCAAGAGGGCCUGUUGGCGUAGAGGGUCUUCUCACAACUCGCUGGUUGCUACGAGGGAACGGUCAGGUCGUCCAAGGCGACCGGGGAGUUGUUUACACGCACAAGGACGUAGAGGUGGACUCCAUGGAGGGAUGGACGAGCAUGGGCAAUGGACUCCCGGCGAGUGUCAAUGGCGGAUCGCUAAAGAAGAGCGCGUCUCCAUUUCUGGGAUCGGUUCUUGCGCCGUCCGUCGACGCUGCCACUUGAGGAAGAAGGGAGAGCUCGAAAGGAACCGAGAAGAUUUUCUUUUCUCUUUUUUUUUUCUACUCUCUUUUAUUUAAUCUCUCGCCAAAGAUUGUUCUUUCCUUCCAAGAAACUGGUAAUGAGAUAGAACAUUUUAUCAGGCU